AACUGUCAGCCGCUAUUUCGCGCGCCAUGGUUUUCGUUACAUCUAUGAUAUUUCUUGCUUUUCACAUGAUUUUUGCCGAGGAAAAGCAUGUUGGUCAUCCAUGCCCUACAGCCGAUGUUACUAUUGGAAAAUUUAAAGCCAUUCCUUUCCACUACUUAUGGGCAGAGAAAGUGACAUCGUCCGUGGUAAAUGAUGAACUGGAGUGCACUUUCUUUUGUAUUGGUACACUAAAGUGUUAUUCGUUUAAUAUAGCUGUGUAUCCUGACUCUGAAGGUCUUUAUCUCUGUGAGUUGUUGGCCACAGAUAAGUACAGAGAAACUGAGAAAUUUUCCGUCAACUCUACCUUUCAUUACUAUUUCCCAAGGUCUUGUGAAGGCGCUCCUUGCAAGAACGGUGCUGUCUGUGUUCCUGAAUAUAAAAGGAACACCUAUCACUGUGAAUGCAAGCCAGGAUACGUUGGAACUAUCUGCGAACAAAGAGGAAAGACAUGCAGUGACAUCAAAUCUCACAGCUCACGUGCCGCUAGUGGUUCUUACGUAAUAGACCCCGAUGGAGAAGGUGGCUACGAACCUUUUACUGUGUUCUGUGAUAUGACGGAUAAAAAUAGAGUUGGCGUGACAGUUGUUGGUCACGAUAGCGAGGAAAGAAUGCUAGUUGAUGGAUAUGAUGACGAAGGGAGUUAUGUUCGCUGCGUUCAUUACGCUGGAGCUGGGCUGUCAAGUGUUGCACAAUUAGCUGGCCUGCCUGUUGCCUCUGCCCAUUGUGAGCAGUUUAUUAAGUACGAAUGCUAUGGAUCACUUCUGUUACUCGAUGGAUUUGCUUGGUGGCAUUCACGUAAUGAUGAAGCAAUGAAGUAUUGGGGAGGAGUUGCAUCAUCUAACAUCAAUAAGUGCGCAUGCGGAUUGAAUGGGUCAUGCGCAGAUCCAAAUCUGGGAUGUAAUUGUGAUACCAAUGAUGGCGUGUGGAGAGUGGAUAGUGGCUUACUGACUGAUAAGUCUGACCUUCCUGUGUUGCAACUGAAGUUUGGAGACACUGGUUUUGAUGGGGCUGGAAGAGAUGAAAAGGGGUAUCACACUCUUGGAAAGUUUAAGUGCUAUGGCAUUGCUUAAGUUUUCCAUGACUUUGUCAGUAAUGUAUAGGUCGCUUCUCUCCAAGUAAUAGCAUGAGUAAUGCAAAUAAGUAAGAAGAAAAACAAGUACUAUAAAUGAUUUUUUUUAACCUCAGAAAAAGGAAUCGGUUGAAUAGUUACGGCAUUUUUAUUAUGUGUUCGUGCUUAGUUAGAUUACCCUCGGGACUUAUGAAUAAAUUUCAUUAAUAAUCCCUUUAUGUGGUCACUAGUUCAUUAAAAAUACCGCACACUUAAACAUUUGACACAAAUCAAUUAAUGCUAAUUCCAAGAAGAAAAUACUGGUUGAAAUAGAUAGGUCAAAUAAAAUAUUAACAUCCUUAUCGCAAAUAUGAGAGAAACUCUUCGACAUUAAUAUGAAAUGAUUUAUCCUAAACUGAUGAAUAAAGAUGACGAGUCUCGUUGUA